AUGUUUCGCAAGUGUAUCCCGCUACUGUUCCUAAAUAUUUUAACAAUUUCCGUGGAUAGUUAUUAUGUGGAUAAUCGCAUUAUUGGUGGCCAAGACGUAACAAUUGAGGAAGCACCUUGGCAGAUCGCUUUGCUCCUUAAUAAUGAAUUUAUUUGCGGUGGCAGCAUUUACAGUGAACUAUUUGUAAUAACGGCUGCACAUUGUGUUGUAGAGAAACCCGAACAACAAUUUCAAAUUCGAGCGGGUUCUACAAACUACAACGAUGGAGGAUCGUUGAUAAGCAUAGCUAAAACUCUCUGCAACGAGGAUUACAACAGCACGCGAAAAAUAAAUGAUAUUGCAAUGCUACUUCUAAAGAAACCUCUAAAGUUCAGCGAAAGCAUUCAAGCAAUUCGGCUGGCUGAAAAAAGUCCCGAUCCGUGGAGUUGGGCAACGAUCACAGGCUGGGGACGUCGCAGUAAUAAUUUGAGUCCAUCGACAACAUUGCAAGUGGCGCAAUUGCAAGUCCUGAGUCAUUUCUGGUGUUUGUUGGAGUACUACCCAGUAAUAUUUGACGAUAAGUUUUGUGCGUACAAUGUGUACAGUCAUGCCUGCCAAGGUGACUCUGGGGACCCUUUGGUCCUCGAUGGCAGGCUGGUAGGCAUCGUUAGUUUUGGACAGCUGAAUUGUGGGGGUUCUAGUGUCUAUGUCGAUGUGGUGAAGAUGCGACAGUGGAUUGAAAAAGCAGUGGAAAUACUCAACUAAAUAAAUAGUGUAUAUACUGUUGUACAAUUAUCUGCAAUCUGUAUACUAGUACGUUUAAGUGAAAAAUUCAAAAUGUAAUAAUGUGAUAUUAUUUUAUUAAUGCAUUAAGGUUAAACGAUUUAGAAUGAAUAAAGUGUGAAUUAUUAUUUAAAUUGAAUUUUUCGCACAAAACACAAAAUGUGAUGACUCAAAAAUAUUUGCAAAAUGUCAAAUUACAAAUAAUGUAGUUGACAUUUAAGAUGUAGUGUUAAUGAAUUGCUUAUUGCGGUUUACAUUGAAUUUUAUGCACUUAUCUGAUUUGCAUGUACUUAUGUGCAAUUGCAUCCAGGUGUAAUUAUCGACAAUGAAGUUUGACUGUUAAUUAAAUUUUUGUUUAAUUGUAUGAAUAAAAAACCCUCAAUUCAAUUAACUGACAUUGACAAA